AUGAUUCUGACCAAAGUCUUACAACCUCUUCUGGCUUUGACUGCCAUCAGCUCGAUUUCAGCCAUGCCGACAAAACGAGAUACUAAAGUCGGAUAUCUGUUCACUUCUUUCCCUGUCAAUGAUGAAGCAAUCUACAUGCACCUGUCGAACGGCAAUGACCCCCUGUCAUAUCAAGCUCUUUCUCUAGAUGGCACCUCAGGGACGCAAGCCAUCCUCCGCAGUGACGUUGGUACUAAAGGCGUUCGAGAUUCCUUCAUCGUGCCUUCGCAAGACGGCAGCAAGUUCUGGCUCAUCGCAACAGACCUGCUUGCUAACAACUUCACUAACGACUUCAACGAAGCUACCAGAUUUGGAUCAAGACAGCUCGUCAUCUGGGAGUCUGAGGACCUGGCUACUUGGGGCGAGGCUCGUCUCACCCCGAACCUUGUCAACGAGACCGCUGGAAAUGCUUGGGCACCUGAGGCAUACUGGGAGCCUCUAAUUGACGCGUAUAUCGUGGUCUUCGCCUCUCGCUUCUGGCCAGAGACCGAUCCUGAUCGUACUGGUCCUCAGCCUCCCAACAAACUCAUGUAUGUCACCACCAACGACUUCGUCACCUUCUCAGAAGCACAACUGUACUUUUAUCCUGGCUAUCCUGUUAUCGAUGCCACGUUCAUCGCAACCNCCGAACAAGGACCCAAUGUCUGGUACCGCUGGAUCAAGUCAGAAGUCGACUACACAAUCUAUCAACAACGCUCUGAGAACGGCAUUCUCGGCGACUGGGUCAAUGUGGGAGGUGCUUCUGACGAUGUCCGCGUCACUUUUGCUUCACGGUACUCAAACAACGAGGGCCCUUUGAUCUUCAGGGACAAUCUUGAUGCUGGAAAGUUCCAUCUCUGGAUUGAUGAGAAUGAUUUGCAGACUUAUAUCCCGGCUACGGCUGAUACUUUGGAUGACAUGAGUGCUUGGGUACCUGAUGAUAUGAGCGGCUUCCCUAAGGAUGUCAAGCAUGGAAAAGUUUUGGCUGUUAAUCAGCAGCAGUAUGAUGCCAUACUUGCCAAAUACAAAGUUGUUGGAUCAUAG